CUACGUGUGCAUAUUUCAGUGAGUGAUAGUCAUCUGUGCUGAAAGACUUUGAUUUACCUGUUUGGUGAGUUCAGCUGAAAGAAACCACGGACAAAAGAGAAAACAUAGGUGUGGAUAAGUGCAGAUGCAUGUUGCUUGUUGCUGCAAAGGUCUCUCAAAAGAUAAGAAGCGAUGCUUCGCUGGUUUGUGCUCGCUUUGCUCUUUAGCAUCUGUGCCAGUGCUGGGGCGAAGAAAAAAAAGGAAGUGGUGAAAACUCAGUCCCUAUCAAGAGGAUGGGGGAAAAAUAUUACCUGGGUGAAAGAUUAUGAAGAGGGCCUGUUGAAUAUGGUCAGCAGUAAGAAGCCGUUGAUGGUCAUCCAUCAUCGAAUCGAAUGCCCGCAUAGUCAAGCCCUGAAGAAAGUGUUCGCAGCUGAAAAGUCCAUCCAGAAAAUGGCCAAAGCAGAUUUCAUCAUGCUCAACUUGGUGGAGGAGACUGAGGACCAGAACAUGGCACCUGAUGGCUACUAUGUUCCUAGAAUACUCUUUGUUGAUCCGUCCAUGACUGUGCGCAGAAAUAUUGUAGGAAAGUACAAUAACCGCCUCUACACAUACGGGCCUGCUGAAAUGGAAUUAUUGGCCGAAAACAUGAAGAAAGCCAAAGUCCUGCUACACACUGAACUGUAGCCCGGCUCACUCUGAUGUCUCUGCACCCUCCAGUCAUCCUGGGCUGCCUGCUCAGUGGUCAGCCCUGAAGUAUUUACAUGAUGCUCAGAGCUCAAUAAACACUCAGAAAAUGAU